AUGUUUCCUAGCCCUGUGACAACGACACCCUUCUCGGUCAAGGAUAUUUUGAAUCUGGAACAGCAUCAGAGCGGCCUAGCCUCCAUGGAGCUCUCCUCGCUGUCCUCCCCCUCUUGCAUGCUGGCCACCUUCAAGCAGGAGACGUUCAGCGCCGAUCCCCCGGCCCUGCCCGAGGAGCUGCCCGAGCCGCACCAGCCCAAAACCUCCGCUGCCUUCCCCGGCUCCUACUACGUUAAAAGCUACGUGGAAAUGGACUCCGCCAAGGACGCCAAGGCGGACAAGAAAGAACUGUGCUCCCUGCACAAGAGCCUGGAGCAGGAGAAAAGAGAUCUGGAAGAUCCCGAGCGCCCCAGACAGAGGAAAAGGAGGAAACCUCGUGUCCUUUUUUCUCAAGCCCAAGUCUACGAACUGGAGCGAAGGUUCAAGCAGCAGAAAUACCUCUCAGCUCCCGAGAGAGACCAUCUAGCGAACGUCCUAAAGCUCACCUCCACCCAGGUGAAAAUCUGGUUCCAGAAUCGAAGGUAUAAAUGCAAAAGGCAGAGACAGGAUCAGACCCUCGAAAUGGUGGGCAUCCCUCCCCCCCGGAGGAUAGCGGUGCCGGUGCUGGUGCGCGAUGGGAAGCCCUGCCUGGGGGAGUCUUCUCCCUACAGUUCGCCGUACAAUGUCAGCAUUAACCCCUAUAGCUACAACGCCUACCCCGCGUACACUAACUACAACAGCCCCGCCUGCAACGCCAACUACAACUGCAACUACCCCUCCAUGCAGACCAUGCAGCCCUCGGCGGCCGGCAACAACUUCAUGAACUUCAGCGUAGGGGACUUGAACUCAGUGCAGACGCCCAUCCCGCAGGGGAACGCGGGGAUCUCCACGUUGCACGGGAUCCGAGCCUGGUAG